UUGAAAAGCCGCAGUUUGUCUCGUCUUGUGUCGCUGUGCUGAUUCUGGCUUCACACGCUCGCUCUCAUUGAGCAGUAUUUGAUCCGCUGCCUUUAUGUUUUUCGAUAAUGGCUGCUGUUGAAUUAUAUCAAAGACCUUUGUACUCCAGCGCUGAUCAUUGACCUGGAUAAAGCGAGAAGAAACGCUGAAGGCAUGCUGGAGCGCUUCCACAAACUAGGGGUCCAGCUCCGACCUCACAUGAAAACACACAAAACACUGGAAUGUGCGGACAUCAUGACAGGAGGCUCUCGUCGUUGUAUUGUUGUGUCUACUCUAGCUGAGGCAUCAUUCUAUGCUGAUAACGGCUAUGACGAUAUACUUUAUGCAUACCCUCUGCCAUUUGAUAAAGUGGAGCGCUGUGCCGAGCUGUCCGAGAGACUUUCUCUAUUCCACAUCGUGGUGGACAACCGCCUCGCCCUGCAGCAACUGAAGAAGAGACCUCUGAAACAGGGAAAAGUCUGGAAGGUGUGGAUGAAACUGGAUUGUGACAAUGGGAGAGCGGGCAUUCCUCAUUGUGACCCAGCUGCACUACAGCUUGCCCUGGAGAUCUGGGAUACUUCAGGGGUGGAGCUGACGGGAAUUUACGCCCACUGCGGGAACACCUACGCCUGUCAGGGGGAGGAGCAAAUCAAAGCUGUUGCUCAGGAAACCACUACCAUUGUGCUACAGUUCAUGGAGAAGUUGAAGGCUGCUGGAAUACAAGGUGUCAAAUCCAGCAUUGGCUCCACCCCUUCCUGUAGCCACCCAGUCCCAGACAUGGCCAUGUUGAGUGAGGUGCAUCCUGGGAACUACAUAUUUUAUGAUGUGCAGCAGUCCCUCAUCGGGUCCUGUAGACUUGAGGAUGUUGCAGUACGGGUGCUGACGCGGGUCAUAGGCCACUACCCACACAGGAACCAGUUACUUGUAGAUUGUGGGUGGACAGCACUGAGUCAUGAUGGUGGGGGGCGCUUACCUACAGGAUAUGCCAUCAUCGAAGGACACCCAGAACUCAAACUCCUGUCUAUGACUCAGGAACACGGCAGGGUGGAGCCCAUCUCUGGAAAACUGGACAUCAAGCAGUUCCCACUGGGGUCACUCCUCACACUCAUGCCUUACCAUGCUUGUGCUACAGCUAUGAUGCAUCCAGUUUAUUUUGUCCGUUCUAAAGGGAAGGUUAUAGACACCUGGAAACCCACCCGAGGCUGGUAACAAAUCUUUAUCAGAGGGACUCCGCUGGUACAGCUGGGGACUGUGGAUGAAAAUGUUUCGGACUUGUAACAACUGU